UUCACCGUGUACCGCAUGCAGCAGUACGAGCUGGGCGGGCAGCCCUACGGACAAGGGGAGAUGGAAAGAAGCUGAAACACAAAAAGUUCCAUUUAAACAUAGGGAAAAACUCCUUCACAGUUGAGGUGAGAGAGCCCUGGCCCAGGCUGCCCAGGGAGGGGGUGGAGGCUCCUUCUCAGGAGGUUUCCAACCCCAGCUGGACACGUUCCUGUGCCCUCUGAGCCAGGGGAACCUGCUUGAGCAGGGGCUGGGGCUGGAGCAGCUCUGCAGGGCCCUUCCAGUCCCACCAUUUGAAGGUUCUACAUUGUUCUGUUGGAUGCAAGAAAGAGCCACAGAUCCAUGUUCCUUCUCAGACAAAGGGAAAGAGACAAACCUGGCUUUCUGCACAUCUUACUUGCUCUGCUGUUCAUCAGACUGUCACCAAGUCUGUCCUGAGAAGGAGGCACCAGGAGCGCGGUGCUGAACACCGAAGCCCGUACCAUAGAAGCAGACGUCCUGAGCCGCCGCUGCGUCAUGAUGCGCCUGGUGGAUUUCUCCUAUGAGCAGUACCAGAAGGCUCUGCGCCAGUCAGCUGGGGCUGUGGUCAUCAUCUUGCCACGAUCCAUCUCUUCUGUCCCACAAGAUGUUGUCAGGCAAUUCAUGGAGAUCGAGCCGGAAAUGCUCGCUAUGGAAACCAUCGUGCCAGUCUACUUUGCAGUGGAAGAUGAAGAGCUACUGUCUAUAUAUGAACAGACACGGGCUGCUUCUGCAUCACAGGGCUCUGCCUCAGCUGCAGAAGUUCUGCUGCACACAGCAACUGCCAAUGGCUUCCAGAUGGUGACCAGUGGGGCUCAAAGCAAAGCCAUCAACGACUGGCUCAUCCCCAGCGUGGAGGGAAGGCUAACAGGGCUGGGUGGAGAAGAUCUGCCCACUGUUGUGAUAGUUGCCCACUAUGAUUCUUUUGGAGUGGCUCCAUGGCUGUCACAUGGUGCUGACUCCAAUGGCAGUGGGAUCUCAGUGCUGCUGGAACUAGCCAGGCUGUUCUCCCGGCUCUACACCUACAGACGGACCCACGCUGGGUAUAACUUGCUGUUCUUUGCAUCUGGAGGUGGAAAGUUUAAUUACCAAGGAACCAAGAGGUGGCUGGAAGACAACUUGGACCACACUGAUUCCAGCUUGCUGCAGGACAAUGUAGCAUUUGUUCUCUGCCUUGAUACUCUGGGCCGAGGCAAUAGCCUUCAUCUCCAUGUGUCAAAGCCUCCCAAGGAGGGGACCUUGCAGCAUGCCUUUCUGAGAGAACUGGAGAUGGUUGUUGCCAGCCAGUUCCCAGAGGUGAAGUUUUCCAUGGUGCACAAGAAGAUCAAUUUGGCUGAGGACAUGCUGGCGUGGGAGCACGAGCGUUUCGCCAUCCGCCGCCUGCCAGCCUUCACCAUCUCCCACCUGGAGAGCCACAGGGACAGCCUCCGCAACAGCAUCAUGGACAGGAGGGCACGAAUAGACACUAAGGCACUAACCAGGAAUACUAGGAUCAUUGCUGAGGCUCUGACAAGGGUCAUCUACAACUUAACAGACAAGGGAGCACCUGCAGAUCUGCAGAUCUUCACAGAUCAGAUGCAGAUCCAGCAGGAACAACUAGAAUCAGUGAUGGACUGGCUGAGCAGUCAGCCCAGGGCUGCCCAGCUGAUAGAUAAAGACAGCACCUUCCUCAACACCUUAGAGUAUUACAUGGGUCGCUACCUGAAGGAUGUCAAACAGCAUCAUGUAAAGGCAGACAAACGGGACCCUGAGUUUGUUUUCUAUGACCAGCUGAAACAGGUGAUGAAUGCAUACAGGGUCAAGCCAGCUAUCUUUGACCUGCUUCUGGCUGUCUGUAUUGCAGCCUACCUUGGUGUUGCCUAUGUUGCAGUGCAGCACUUUGGUCUCCUUUACAAGAUGAUACAGAGAUUGUCUCUUAAAACCAAGCAGCAGUGAAGCAAUGUGUCAUCACCCCUCCAGCAGCACUGAGCCAUCGGUGAGCCCAUCAGGAACCUUCUGCCUUCAUUGAAUCCUGCUGUUUCCCUUCCCCCAUCUCCUCUUUGCUAUUCUAUAGAGGGGAGGAAGGCAGAAAGAAAAUGAAAUUGAAAACUAUUGUGCACCUUUUGAAGUGCUUUUCUUCACCUUCUUCCCCCUGACUUGCACCAUGUCUGGUUUCCUUUGCUUUCUGGCGAGGGAGAGGCUCAGAGACUUCAGUAGUUCCUGCAGGUUGUUUAAACAGUGAACAUCCAAAUCUGAGCAGCUUCUGUAAGUGUCCAGCACCUUCAUGGACACAUAUGCCAUGCAGCCAACUUGGAAACUGAAACUGCAGAGUAGAGUGAUGUGUUAUCUCUGCCCAGCAAACGAGAGCUCAGAGCAGUUGUUUUAAGACCAAAAAAGUGCACAUGCAAAUGAAAGAGAAUAGUGUUUGCAUGUUUGCUUCUGACACCUCUUCCUUAAGCUCCCUGUCUGGCCUGAGGAAGGUGUGCUGAGCAAGCAGUGCUUGCAGCAAGCAUCUCCUUGCAUUUUGUUUAGACUGUGCAAUAACUCAUUGCUUUCCAGGAGAGGUGCACUGGAAACAAUCUUGACUGUUAAUGACAGAAUGAGGGAAGGUUGUUAGAAUGGGUUCAUUCUGUCAGGGUUCUUGCCAGGACAGAUUCUCUCCUUUCUCUCUUGGAGGAUGCAUUUUGCUGCAUACUUAGAUUCUCUUGCAAUCCUUGAACAGUUCACAGCUGCCACCACUCUCUGCUAAACUCUUGCUUGGUUUUUAAGGGGUGUUCUGCAGUCCCAGCUGCUGCAGGAUUGUGUUCUGUGCUGUUCCAUGUAUUUAAACGAGCUGGUUGUAUUAAUAGCAAGAGCAGCCCAGCUCCUGCUGAGCUCUGGUCUUUAAUCCCUUCAGUCUUUAUUCCUCAGCUUUCUCUUCCAGGUGGGUUCUGCUUUUUGAGGCAUUUUUCCCACGUUCACCUGCAUCUCAGGGUCUCAUUUCACAUUUUUUCAGCCCUGUGGAAACACUGUUCCUGGCCUGCCACAUACAAGCAAGUUCCAAAGUGCUUGUUGCUGUCCUUUCAUGUGCUGCCCCCAGUAUGUAUGAAGGGAGGUGGGUCACUUUGCCAUUAAAAAGCAAAACAAACCAAGUUUUAUGAAUGUCAUUUUAGUCAUGUCUGUUUCUAGAGCUGUACCUAAGGGAAUGUGUCUCAGAACACAUGCUCUCUAUUGCUUUUAUCCUUGAGCAAGCCUUAUUUUUAGCUUGCUGAUGCUUCUGGAUGGAGAGAGCUAUGUAGUUGCCCAAAACCAAUUGCCAGUGCUGUUCAAAGAUCAGGAGGGCCAGGAAGCCAGUUGCUGAAGCAUUGUCAUCAUCCUAAGUUUGAGUCUUUCCUGACUUGCACCAUCCAAGGUAAGCAGGCCACUUGUCACCACUUUCUGGUGAGAGCUGAAUGCCCUUUCUGAGCAGUGUUGCACAUUGUUUACCCUCAAGUUCUUCUGGAAAACACAUCAAGAUGCUGACAGCAGGUCAUAGUUCUAGUUCUGGAAGAUGUCCUGGUGCAAAACCACUGUCCUGCCACUCAACAGUGUUUGAGUCCUUUGUGAGGUCUCUUCACUGGCCAGUGGUGACUUCCAGUGUUUAAAAAUGACUACUUGUGUUUCAAACAGCACCUUCUGCAGGGGCUGAAAAGCACCUGUGAGUUUGAAUGAAGGUGUACCCUUUGUUGUAAUAUGCAAGGAAAACUCCAGCUGUGCAUCCUUGUCUGCACCACAGCUGCUGUGUGUUGCUUGUGGUCAAGCACUGUCUUUGUCCUUUGGAUGGGCACCAAAGCACUGAUUUCCAUCCAUCUUUGUUUCACUUCAGUCUCCUCCUUGGGGUGUUCUUGUCCCAUGUGCUUUCUGCUAGUCUAAAUGGGCAGCAACUUGUUCUGAAAAGGGUCUUUUCUUUCCCAGGGGAGCAUGCUGGUGGCAGUGGCUCUCUGUGACAGCAGCUGGUGUGGUACCAAGCACUCCUGAAAUAGCAGCCCAUCAGGGAAACUUGCCUUUUUCUUUAUCCUGAUCUUUUGACUGUUCAUUCAAAAUAAGUCUCUGCCUGCAUGAAGGGUUCCUGACACUCCUCUGCUAAAGGAUUUCAUGGUAACUUCAGAAGUGGCUGGAGUGGUGGGAAGACAAACCCUCGAGGUUUGGGACAUUAAAGCAAACACUUCAGCUCCUUGUGAUCUCAACAAGAAACUUCACACUCCUGCUGUGCUGAUGGCCAUCUGAAAGAAAAGUGGACAAAGGUCAAGGAGGAGAGUUCAUAAACCUGGGGGCAGGUGGGGAGGUGCAUUGCUGUCACACAUGAGGGUCCUGUGUCCUCUCAUCUGGUUGAAUGUAGUUUGAGUAACUCUUAUCUGGCUGCCCUAGAAAAUAGGGUGUUUUUUACUACAGAUAAUGGCUUAUGCUUUUGAUCAAAGUCUGUGUGCACUGAAACAUGAUCCAUGCAAAUCUAAGAGAGUCAAAUUCCACCUUUCUCAUCACUGGAACCGAGUGCCCAUCCCAGGAGUGAAACUUCCUUUCCCUACAUUGCUAUUUCCUUUGGGGACCUGACAGUAAAGCUUGUAAAUGGACUCUGCUCUUGUGAAGGAAAAACCAACAAGCCCAAGGCAAAUGGUGCCAGUCCCUCCUGCAGCAUACCUGACCAAUCCUGUCACCCCCACACCAUGCAAAGGCAGAAACCCAACAGCUUGUUCUGCUAGAAUAAAAUGUUCUCCACAGCA